AUGCCCCCAUGGAAUGCCAAAGUAAUUCUUAAUCUAUUCAUCUUCAUCAUUCAGGAAAGACCCCGUUCCCUGUGUAAUGACAAUUGUCAUUCAGGCUCUAGUAGGACCAAGAUAGAAGGAAAACCCUUUUGCUGCUAUGAGUGCCAUUCAUGUCCAGAAGGGAAGAUGACAAAUCAGAAAGACAUGGAUGAUUGUUUUCCAUGCCCAGAAGGAGAGUAUCCAACCAGCAACCAUGACUCCUGCCUUCCAAAACAUAUCGUUUUCCUGUCUUAUGAAGACCCCUUAGGGACCAGUUUGGCUACUACGGCAAUUGUCUUUGCUUGCAUUGCCACUGUGGUGCUUGGGAUCUUCCUCAAAUAUCAGGACACCCCCAUAGUCAAGGCCAAUAACCGGAACAUCACCUACAUUCUCCUCGUCUCUCUUGUGCUCUCGUUCCUUUGCAGUUUAUUAUUCAUUGGACACCCUGAAAAGGUGACCUGCCUUUUCCGACAAACUGCUUUUGGGAUCGUCUUCUCAGUGGCCAUUUCUUCUGUAUUGGCCAAAACCAUCAUUGUGACUUUAGCUUUCAUGGCUUCAGUGCCAGGAUCCAAGAUGAGGAGAUGGCUGGGCAAACGACUGGAUAAUUACAUUGUUGUUUCCUGCUCCCUCAUUCAAGUCGUUGUUUGCACUGCAUGGCUUGUAAUCUCACCCCCAUACCCAGAUGCUGAUAUGAACUUAGUGGCAGAGGAAAUCAUCCUGGGAUGCAACGAAGGCUCUACUCUCAUGUUUUACUGUGUCUUGCUCUACCUGCUUUUCCUUGCCAUUGUUGGCUUCAGUGUGGCUUUCCAAGCCCGGCAUUUACCGGACAGUUUUAAUGAGACCAAGUUUAUCUCCUUCAGCCUGUUGUGUUUUUGCAGUGUCUGGCUCUCCUUUUUCCCUACAUAUCUGAGCACCAAGGGGAAAUACAUGGUGGCUGUGGAGAUCUUUUCCAUACUCUCUUCCAGUGCAGGCUUACUGGGCUGCAUCUUUUUCCGCAAAUGCUUUGUUAUUCUACUAAGGCCUGAUCUGAACAAUAAAAAGCAGUUAAUGAGAGGCAAGAAAGAGGAAAUAUAA